UUCGCCGUUUGUUGACGGCUAGAAUAUUUGACAACGUUUUAAAAUUAAAGAAGGAUGUGACAACCGGCAGUUUUACCUUCGUUUACCUCCAUGAAAGAACUGGAACCCAUACAAUAUACGAGCUCGCGUCCACCGUAAUUUCUUUAUUGGAAGGCUGUGAAAGCACAAGCAGAAAGCAUUAGUCAAAAUGGCGACUUUGGUUGAUACCUAUGAGCAACAAUAUGCAGUUUUAACUGCAGAUAUAACAGGAAAAAUUGGUCAGCUGUCGUCAGCCUCUUCGGCAGACCGAAAACCCAUGAUUGCAGAAUUGGAUCGGCAGCUAGAAGAAGCACAUGAACUUCUUGAACAGAUGGAGCUUGAAGUCCGAGAGGUAGAAGUGUCACAGAGGCCUCGUUUAAGAACAAGAGUGGACAGUUAUCAAGCAGAACUCAGAAGACUUAAGCAAGAUUUUCAGAGUGCAUGUUCAACAUCAUACAUUGAGGGCUUUGGUGAUGGAACAGAGGAACUCUUUAUUAAUGAUGACUUAAGUAUGAAGGAAGAGCAAAGACAAAGACUGCUUAAUAAUUCUGAACGUCUAGAACGCACUGGUAAUCAGUUAUUAGCCGGUUACCGUACAGUCAUAGAGACUGAAGAGGUGGGUAACCAAGUACUGCAAGAUCUAGCAAUUCAACGAGAAACAAUUCAAAGAGCCAGAUCACGGCUUCGAGAAACUGACGCAGAUCUAGGUCGCAGUUCUCGUCUUAUGAGUGGAAUGAUGUUCCGCUCCUUGCAACAACGGUUUGUUUUGAUUGGGGUCUCUGUUGUUAUUGGUGUAGUUAUUAUAUGGUUUAUUUAUUAUGCUUUUGCCAGAACUUCAUAAACGAUAAUUCAUAUUUCAAAUAGGCUAUUAAUUUUAAACUUUGCAAAUCGCAUUCCCAAUUUUUUAGUGUGUUUAAUAGCAUCAAUGAAUAAUUAUUAUAACUAUUGUAUCAGCGAAACUGAACAGUUGCUGGUAAUUUAAUUACCUAGUAUGUCAGCAAUGCCUAAAUCAGCACACACUUUAAAAAAGAAAAGAACUAUAACCACGCAUAAUCUAUAUGCUGCUGAGCUGCUGUGCUUCUGUAAACUCUGUUAAAAGACUUCUCGGUAUUUAAACAGUGUAUCGUUUGUUUUUGUUUUUGUUUUUUGGGGGGAGGGGGGGUUUCUAGCCCGCCCUUCUGCUUUGAAAAAGCAAUCAAGCGGGCUUAUUGGAAAGUUUGCAAACAAAAAUAAAAUGUAAAGGCCGUUCUAUUUUCCACAUUUGCUUAAGACUUUAGUUUCAACCACAUUUUUUAUUCAACCAGAUGUUUGCUGCUCCCACCCUAACUAUCUAUGUACCUGCUAUCACUUUCCUCUGUCAGAAAAUUUGUGUGGUAUUGCACAUUCACUUUUCUUGACAAGAAAAGGCAUUUCACGUCAAAACUAGCAUUUAAGGUUUUGUUCAGACCUCUAUCAGUACCUUUAGUUUGUUGUGUUUUACAAAGCGAUACACCUAAUAUUUAAUUUACAUAUUUAUUUUAAACCAAGACUUUUAUUGAUUUUUUUUCAUGAUAUGUUGUUCUAGAUUGUUUGCGAAAUGAUACAUGUCUCUGUAUGUGAUAAAUAAAAAUUGAAGGUUACAGUUA